UGUCAAAUACAGAGAGGAGAAGAGAGAAACCAAAAACAAAACAAAAAGCAAUUCCACAAACUUAAACAAACAAAAAAAAAAGUUGUGAUUGGUAAAGAAAAAUCAAAUCUUUGGAUUCUUCGUGAGAAAUGAACUUGGGCUUGAGAGGAAGGUGAAGAAGUUUCAAGCUUUUUUCUUUUAUGCUCUUCCAUGGCGUAAGAUGAUUCACCUCCUCAAAGUUUGUAUCUUUCUUCUUAAUAUCUGAUCAUAGAAGGGUUUCGGGUUUUUGCUUUGGGAUUGAGCUUGGAUUUGAAGGGUUUGAUCUCUGAUUGUUAAAGUUUCAAUCUUUUUUUUUUUUUUAAGUUAGAAAAUUUGGGUUUUGAUGGUGUGAAGGGGUUUAGGCUUUGUGUUUGAUUAUGUGGAUGGCUACUCGAUCUAAUUCUGGGUUCGAGUCUUUGAGUUCUAUGAUGAGCCGUCACGCUUUUGAUUUCCAAUCUAACAACUCUUCUGAGAUGAUUCCGAUGGGUCCUUACUUGGGGAUGAGUAUGAUCAAUGCUGCUUCUCCUGGAACUUCUUCGAAUCCUCUUGAUUUAGUUUCUGCUCCAAAGGUUGAUACUUCCAUGGCUAGUGAAUGGUCAACUGAAGAACAAUACAAAUUGGAGGAUGGCCUUGAGAAGUACAAGGAUAAGCCAAACAUCAUGAAGUAUAUUAAAAUUGCGAGUACUUUGCAUGACAAAAGCGUUCGAGAUGUGGCUUUGCGGUGUAGAUGGAUGACAAGGAAAAGAAGAAAAUCAGAAGAAUUAAAUUGUGGAAGAAGAGCAAGUUCUAGCAAGGACAAGCAGGUGGAAUCGUCUUCUACAUCGAGCAUACCCUCUACUUUGCCUCAUAACAUGGCUUCGUACCCUUUCUCAAUGCCCUCUACAAGCUCCAGUAAACAAAUUACAUGUGAAGAUUUAAGUGGUCAUGCAAUAAGUCUCUUAGAACAGAAUGUAAGAGCUUUUAGUCAAAUUAGAGCUAAUCUCUCCUCAUUUAAGGUAGAGGAUAACCUAGAUCUCUUUCAUCAGGCAAGGAACAACCUUAUCACCAUCCAAAACGACAUGAAUAAUAUGCCUGGCUUGAUGAACCAGAUGCCACCAUUGCCUGUCACAAUCAAUGAUGAUCUCUUGGUGUUGCCAUUCAACACGAUGCAAAUUGGUGGCUUCCAUUCGAAGCAGGAGCCGUUGGGGUGACAUAGGAAAUCAUCUGAUUUCCCUUAGUUACCUGUAAAUUAUCUUAAAGAAGCUGGAGGAGACGAAAGAUUAGCUCAUCACAUGUUGCGAAGUUUGUAGAAAUGUGAUUGUUUCGUAACACCAACGAUCUUUAUUAACGCUGCGCUGGAUGUUGAAACAGGACAUAAUAUAAAGAAUGGACGGGUCAUGGUCCUGGCUCCAAACUAAAAACCCUCUUAACUAGGUUCUAUUAGAUCAACUUAGUUCAUUAAUGUCUUGGAGAUGUGUAAAAAACAAGAUUUCUAUUGAAGAUAGAGAAGUAAGAGCGUGUGUUGAGGUUUGCAUCUGUAAUCUUUUUGAUAA